AUGGCUCGUCUCCGCUGCCUCUUGGUCGCCUUCGUCCUCCUCGCGGCCGCCUUCCGCCUGCCAGGCGACGCCAUUGCCUCCCGCGGGCACCACGGCCCCGCCGCGCACGACUACAGGGACGCGCUCGCCAAGUCCAUCCUCUUCUUCGAGGGCCAGCGGUCGGGCAAGCUGCCGCCGUCGCAGCGCGCCGGCGUUGUUCUUGUUGACCGUGUGGCUGGCGGGCAGGUGGACCUGGUGGGCGGGUACCACGACGCCGGCGACAACGUCAAGUUCGGGUUCCCAAUGGCGUUCAGCAUGACGAUGCUGGCGUGGAGCGUGGUGGAGUUCGGCGGGCUCAUGAAGUCGGAGCUGCAGCACGCGAGGGAUGCAGUCCGCUGGGGCGCCGACUACCUGCUCAAGGCCACGGCGCACCCGGACACCAUCUACGUCCAGGCAAGUGGUGGUCUUGCUCUUCCUGUUCCUGUUCCUGUUGCUGUUGCUGUUGCAAGUCAUGGUCAAACAGAAAAGAGUCACUUGCUAGUAGUAGUUGGUGACGCGACCAAGGACCACGCGUGCUGGGAGCGUCCGGAGGACAUGGACACCCCGAGAACGGUGUACAAGGUAGACCCCGGCACCCCGGGCUCCGACGUCGCCGCCGAGACCGCCGCCGCGCUCGCCGCCGCGUCCCUCGUCUUCCGCAAGUCCGACCCGGCCUACGCCAGCCGCCUCGUGGCCAGGGCCAAGCGGGUGUUCGAGUUCGCGGACAAGCACCGGGGCUCCUACAGCACCGGCCUCGCGGCGGACGUGUGCCCGUACUACUGCUCCUACUCCGGGUACCAGGACGAGCUUCUCUGGGGCGCGGCGUGGCUGCACCGCGCCACCCGGAGCCCCUCGUACCUGAGCUAUAUCCAGACGAACGGGCAGGUGCUGGGCGCCGACGAGUCGGACAACACGUUCGGGUGGGACAACAAGCACGCGGGCGCGCGGGUGCUCCUCGCCAAGUCGUUCCUGGUGCAGCGCCUGGGCGCGCUGCGCGAGUACAAGGCGCACGCCGACGGCUUCAUCUGCUCCAUGGUGCCCGGCACGGCGACGGACGCGACGCAGUACACCCGGGGCGGGCUGCUGUUCCGGCUCAGCGACAGCAACAUGCAGUACGUGACGUCCAGCGCCUUCCUCCUGCUCACCUACGCCAAGUACCUGGCGUUCGCCAAGGGCACGGUGCGCUGCGGCGGCGUGGCCGUCACGCCGCAGCGGCUGCGCGCCAUCGCGCGCCGGCAGGUGGACUACCUGCUGGGGAGCAACCCGAUGGGGAUGUCCUACAUGGUGGGCUACGGCGCCAGGUACCCGCGCCGCAUCCACCACCGCGCCUCGUCGCUGCCGUCCGUGGCGGCGCACCCGGGUAGGAUCGGGUGCUCGCAGGGGUUCACCGCGCUGUACGCGCGCGGGGCCAACCCCAACGUGCUCGUCGGCGCUGUCGUCGGGGGCCCCGACAUGCAGGACAGGUUCCCCGACCAGCGGAACGACCACGAGCACUCGGAGCCGGCCACCUACAUCAACGCGCCGCUCGUCGGCGCGCUCGCCUACCUCGCGCACUCCUACGGCCAGCUCUAG